UAAAAACACUGUUAAACGUUUGACACUUCGUCUUUUUACUUUCCAGCGUUACAACACGGGUGUACGUCGUCAAUAAUGUAGUUCUAUUAGCCCGUCAUUUCCACUUUUGAAGCCCUUUUCUCGCAGCGCUGAUAAUGCUGAAGAUGAAGCUACCGAUGAAAACGGGCGAGGAAGGAGGCGACGAGACGGCCGAGGACGAGUCACUGGAUCGGUCGGAGCACCAGCAGCAUAUCCCCGGGGCGGUCUCCCACUUCUCCUCUGUGUCCGACGGGCUGGAGGAUUCGCCCAGACCUCAUAUGCACCCACCCCAGCUGGACAAGGAGACAGUUUUCGAGUGGUUCGGCCUACAUCUAAACCCCGCUAAGCGUGUCGAGUUCAUGUGCGGGCUGCUACAUAUGUGCCAGCCUCUGGAGCUCCGCUUUUUGGGAUCUUACUUAGAGGAUCUGGCUAGAAAAGACUAUCAUGUUUUACGGGACUUCGAGUUUCGGGCGAAUAGUCCGAGCGAUUUGGGGUUAUUAACGGACGUGAUCGACCCGGUGGUUAGAUCCAAGCUCUUGGUCUGCCUGUCCCUCCUCGGGUCUGACAGGAGGGAGUGUGCCGGGAUACUCUUUCGGAUACUGAGCCGUGUAGAUCCGGCCUCGUUCUGCAGAAACUACUCCCUUCCCCCGUUCAGGGAUCACCCGGUUCACCCACCGUGUCAGGGCGGGAGUGUGACCGGGCGGACAGAGCAGCCGUGCGGCGUCUCCUCUAACGACGCCGCGGUAGGAGCUCUGGAGCAGUUGGCGCUGCUGUUCACCAUGGCCUCCCUACACCCAGCUUUCCAUUUCCACCAGCGGGAGGAGGUCCGAGAGAAACUCGACAAAAUAGAGCUCGCCGUAGAAGAGGAGAGACGUCAAAGUCAACUUGGAGUAAACGCCCAGACGAAGGAUUUGAAGUCGGACUACCUGCCCUCCUCAGCUCUUGGUAUGGGGGACUGUACGGACUCCCACCCUCCUUGCCAGAGCCGACGCUCAAGCCGCUGGGCAACGCAAAGAGAAGCGGUGCAUAUAGAGGGAAUUGUUCUCCGGGGCAUCUCUCGGACCAGGAUAGACAAGGAAUACAACUUUGAGGUGAAGUGGUCAGACUCUUCUUCUAGCAGUGUGACCAAAACUCAUCUAGAACUGGAGAACUUCCUGCUUAAGCUUCCUAAGGAUCAGUGCACUGAGUCUUUCGAGAAGGGCAUCCUGAGACUUCUGAACCAGGGGGACCAGUAUGAGAGCAGAGAGGUGGAGAAGAACCUCAGGGAAAGGUUCCUGUCGGCCCCUCCAGUUUUCAGACAGACCAGAAAGGUCUGCAGCUUCUUCAAUUGUGACUCCAGUUACUCCACCAAACCCUCCUGCAGAUGCAACUGCCAGCUGGGAAAGGCCUACCAAGGAGACUGCUCUGAUGCCUCCAGUCAGGAGGAAGAUUUAGAGUCGUAUGUUCAGGGACACAAGAAGAAGCAUGGGACCAAGAGUCCAUGUCCAGGUCUCUCUAGUGCCAAAGGCCCCCAGGGGGACAGCCGGAGGGGGGGCCACGCUGCAGAGCUCAACGGUCCAGUGGAGAGGAGGAAGAAGGGCUGCACGCUGAGGAGCAGCCAGGAGGCCGAACAGCACCAGGACAGUGAGAAGAGAGGACACCCAGUCACUAAAACCAAGAGCAGAGUGCUGCCCACAGACAGAGAUAAGGGGAAGGUGAAGGCAGCCUAUGUGACUAAUGGUGGUUUGGUAGCUGUUCUGCCUCCUCAGAGGAAAGAUGGAGGUUCUGGCCCUGAUACGUUUGGUGAAACAUCAUCAGAGAGUUACAGUUCUCCAUCCAGCCCCCAACACAGAGGACCAGAGAGCCUGGACAGUGAGGACGACAACAACAAAGAUACUGACAGCCACUCUGAUGACUCCAGCAAAGGCCCAGGCCCAGACAUGUUCUUCACCCACCAGACUGCUCCAGCUGUGGUGGGGGAAGUCUCCUCUGUCCAUCCUCUGUCUCCCAACAACCACCAGGCCCACAUGGAGUACUCCUGCCCAGAGACCAGCAAGGACUUCCCCCCUCUCUCCUUCAUGCCUUCUCUGCCCUACGUGCUCAACGGGGCCGCUGACCCUCCGCUUCCUAUUGUCCCUGAUGGGAAGCCCUCUUCUGGGCCGCUGAUGAUGCAGAUGCCCCUAGUGCCUCCACCCGUGAUAGGCCCCGGAAUGGUGGGAGACCCCGAGAAAAGGGACAUGCUCUCCACUUUUGGGAUUGCAGCUAUCGGGCUUCACCCAGCAGGAAGCCCUGCUGUCCAGCCUCUGGUUCAGAGGUUCAAAACAGGUUUAUCUCAUAGCCAAAGUGGCCCCGAUGGAGUAUCAGGAAGUGGUUCGACUCCCGCCGGCCCGCAGGCUCCUCACCAAGCCCCUAUAAGAGCCAUCAGCAUAUUGUCUCCUGGCCCCACAUCCUUCUCCUCUCCUCCUCAGCCGUCUCUGCCCUGCCAAGACCCAGCCAGCGUCAGCUCAGGCCUAGCUUCCUCUCUGCCGCUGGGGGAGCCUUCACACGCCAAGCACCCGGGUUUAACGUUACCUUCUGGCCUGCCUUCUCCCUACAACAUGCCCCCCGUCCCCACCUCUGUCAUGCCCACUGUAGGAGCACCUACAGUCACUGGAAUAGCUCCAAAUCCCGGGCACUUACAAGCAGCUGUUCCUCCAGCUGUGCCCACACACACCCCCGGACCUGCCCCCAGCCCAAGCCCAGCGCUUACUCACAGCACGGCACAUAGCGACUGUAUAUCCUACAGCAACAGCAGCGCUUCCUGUGGAAGUGCUCCUGUGGCCCCUGGCAACCCCAUUACUCUUCAGCAAACCCAGCAGCAACAGGUGGCUCCCCAGCAGCCGACACCACCGCCACCACAACCACAGCAGCAACCGAUGGGCUGUGGGACCUGCGGCUGUCACAACAACUGCGGCGGUCGAGGCGGCAGCAGCAACAGCGUCAGCGGCUGCCAGACGCACCUGUUCUUCCCCACCCACCAGAUGGCAGCAGCGCCGCGCCAGGUGUUCAGCGUUCAGCCGCCCCUCUUCCAGCUCGCGAACCUGUGCAGUAGCAGCUACCUCACCCAGGCCCAACCACCUCAUCAGGCCAAUGGCGCCGCCACCCUUCCCACCUUCUUCCCUACUGCUCCGCCUCCCGGCCACCCGCCCCCUUACGGCCCCCUCCACACUCACCCUCACAGCCACGGAGACGUGCCGUCGCACAUGCUGGGCACCCAGGCAGCGGCGGUGGCCGCGGUGGCAGCAAACUACAACAUCCAGCAGCAGAUGGCACCUGCACCGACGUUCUGCCAGCGCGUCUACCAGCACGUGUACCCGAAUCCUCUGGGGAUGCUGCCCUCCACCACGCUGGGGGGCGGCGGCGGAGUCAAUAAGAAGAACGGGAACGUGUCCUGUUAUAACUGCGGAGUGAGCGGACACUACGCUCAGGACUGCAACCAACCCUCCAUAGACUCCACACAGCAAGGUGGCUUCCGGUUAAAGUACGCAGCCUCCCACAUUUCAGAAGCACUUGAUAACGCUGACUGAAGAAGACGAAGAAGAAGAAUGGAUGAAGGUUCCUCUUCCUAGACACUGCACAUGAGCAGUGCAAGUGACGCUUCUGUGUAUUUCAGGAAAAACGACAUUCAACGACAAAAAAACAAACAUUCUCAAAGAAAGAGUGACCUGCCAAGGGCUCAGCGGACAAAAGCCUAAGUAAUCGUGCCUGAGAAGAUCUUGUUGCCGUGGAGAUGACUUCACUGUCUCAAGCACACGAACAGUCCACGUGACUCACGGUCCUUUCCCUUUCAGUUAGUUUUUUGUUUUUUUUCCCAUAUUUUGCACUGAGGGUUGGAAACGAUUAACUUAUUACUUAAUUAUUAGGAAGAUCAGAGAUUUUUUUUGAGGAUUUGUUUUUAAAGCGGAGACUAGUCUCGACUAAAAAGAAAAGUUCUUAUACACUUAUUUCUAAAACAGCGUAUUUAUGUUUUUUUUUCCUCAUUAUUACUGUUCAUCUAGGUUUUUAUUGUAAGAAUUGUACAGCAGUUUUCAAAGAUUUAAAGGAGAAUCAAAAAUGUAAGCGAAAUUGAUUUUUAUGUUUGUUCAUUUUUCAAUCUUGCUGUAAGGUUGUUUUUUUUGAAUGUACACCUCUUCUUCUCAUUUAAGGAAUCUGACUGUAUCAAAAGUGUAUGGAUCUAAUCCAUUUUUUUGCCACUUGAUGUGUUAUGUUGGAUGGUAAUUGCUGCUUUGUCAUUUUUCACGUUUUUUUUCCUCGGUGAUGUGCACUAUAGCGAAGCAGGAACGAGAGUGCUUAAACUAACAGUCCUCAGCGUCACACUACAUGUAAGGAUUCAUUCGUUUUCAUCUGCGAAAUCAACACAAAAGAGCAAAACCGAUCAGAGAUAACAGAGUUUUGACUGUUUUAGUAUACGCGAGUGUUUCGGGUGUGAAAUGGCUUUUUAUGGCUAACUUUUUUUUAGAGCGAGUGAGACUUCUUAGUGUUGCUAAAUUAAACUGCAGAUACUGUAGAAAUACAUUUCCUCAGCCCACUUGAGUGUCAGAUCAAUACAUCUGUUCCAGAAGAUAGCUCCACUACUACAACUACAACUAGCAGUACUACUUUCCCCCAAACUUUAUCCAUGGCCAUUUCUGUAAGGCCACUAUUGGGCCAGAAAUGUACUUACUACAUUUAUUGAGCACAUUGGAGGACACUACAUAAGCUUUGAUAACCUGAAAAACAUGACAUCAUGUUUUUAGCCACUACUGGGAAGUAUCUAAAGGCCUUAGUGUGCUUCAAAUGAACAAGGUCACAUGAAAAGGCUAAAUUGUCACCGUAGCAUCUUCCUACUACCUUCCCCAUUUCUUCUGUCUGUUAUGCAUCUUGAUAUUCUCAAUGCAGAUGAAUAGUAAUAGCAACAGAGCUGCACUCUUCCUACCCUGCUUACUGUUACACCUCUGCACACACUGACCAGUCACUAUGUGAAGUAGGAGAGGGUUCACUAUACUUUGUAGGUACUAGUUCAUACAAAGUGCUGUCUGACCAUCCCUGAAGGCUCAAGUUUUUAUUGGUUUUCCGAACAACUGAACAGUGACUUUUAUGUUGUUUAUCUCUCAAAGUGACUGAGGUUGUGCAGGAAAUGAAGAAGAGCUAUCACUGCUGUCACUCCUCUUCAAACCUGCUCAAUUCUUGCAUCAAGUUGUGACUUUUCAGAACAAAAUUGAACUUUUUGUGAAGCAUACUGAGGCCUUGAAAAUAUUAACAAUAUUAACAGUUAACAGUGUUGGAGUGACACCUUUAGACAUAAGGUUUUUUUGUUUUUUUUUUGUUUUAAUGUAGGACAAUUAUCUUUUGCUUCCAUCACUGUAUGAGAGUCAAUUGUGCUGAUGGUGCAUCCAGCUUGUAACUAUUUGAUGUACACAGACUGGCAGGACAUUUCUAUAGAAUCAAAGCACUACUUGCCUGUCCUGUUGUUAUAUUGAUGUUAUGCAGAGUUGAUCUUAUCAGACAGCUGUGUGUCAGAGAAAUCCACGUAAUUGUUCACAGCUGGUUCCAUUAUCAGCCUCUAAAAAAAACAGCAGAAUGUGAGGAGAAUGAACACAUUCGAAAUAUCUAUAGUUCUGAUUGUUAAAGCUGCUUUUUUUUAAUUUAUAGAAUUGAUCUGAUGGACAACUUGACAGUUCAUCUUCUGACCUGAGAUACACAGUAUGAACACUAAGGCUUGAAAACACUGAUCGGAGGCAGCGUGUGAGAAUGUGAGGCUCUAAUAGUACUCAUAUAAAACAGCUGUGAGAAGUGACACUAACGUUGAACAUAAUGUAGCACUUUGAGUUGAGUGUAACAAGGAUCUAUAGGUGGUGUCUGUCCCGUUUCCUUUAAGAUAACCCCCCCCCCCCAAAAAAAAAAAAAAAAAAAAAACUUCCUUUCUUUAAGCCAUCAGUUUUUUUUCUUGCAGUACAGCAGCCAAUUUUUCUCAGUGAUGCUCUCUUGUGUCUGAAAGUUCUAGUUUCUCAUAAUUAAUGUGAUCAUACUGGAUGUCAUUUAUGCUUCCUUAGCAUUACUUUUGGCCACUUGUGUUUUUUCCUCAUCAGGUGUGUGUAGGUGUGUGUGUGUGUGUGUGUGUGUGUGUGUGUGUGUGUGCUGCUCUCUGGUUGCGUUCAGGGGCUUUUGUGGAAGCUUCAGUGAAAAUCUAUGCAUACACACUUUGUUUCUGACAUGAAUCUGUAAAAAGGACACGCUGAAAGUCUCCGGUUUUGAAUUUGAACAUUAUUUUAUGUCUCAAACUGUUUCUACACCCCCCACCUUCUGAAAAGUUCUUCCUUUUUCAUGCGAGACUUGAAAGCGGGUCGAGAAGAUCCGGUGAUCACGAGCAGCAACAACGAUUGAUGAUGUGGACCAGUCAGACUGAGUAGUGGAUAAAGAGAGGGAGUCGCGUGUAGAUAACUGAGGACGCACCGAACAACCCGAGUGUAGUUUUGUUGACCUUUUGACGGUUUGAGAAAAAUAGAAAAUAAAUAAAUAAAAAAUGCUGUACUGUACAUUUGCAAGGGGUCACUCUGCUGCCACCCUCAGUUGUAAUGUUUACUGUACUCUUUGAUAUCUAUGUACUGGAAAGGUCAAAUAUAUUUCUAGAGCGGAAAUUUGGAUUUUAUGCAAAUUGUUGAUCUGUUUUUUUUUUUUCCCUGUAAUUAAAAGCAAUAAAUUUAAAAAAGGUAAA